GUAGCACGAGAGCCGAGCUGAGCAGGUCCGCGUAUCGUCCGUUCGCCGUCGCGUAGAAAUCUGUUUGUCCGUGUGGGCGCAGAGUGAAAUCUCGCACACAUAUAUUUUUUUUAUUCGUUUCUCAUUCGUUGCAAGUUGAAAAAUUGUGUAUCCAAUUCAUCACCGUGUCAUCAACAUCAUCACCCUGCUGGCGUGUGUGAACUAAUAAGCUUUUAAGGCCUAGGAUUCGUCCUUAGUGCGUGCAAUUCUAGCGAAUCUCCCAACUUUAUCAUCGCUUUAAGCGCCAUUCAAACACCGUCGGAUCAUAAAGUUUUGAAAAAUGCCAAUGGAUAUAUGUACGUGACCCCAUACGUUCAGCACAGAGCACUAUCGUCGGAUAGGAGUAACUGAGGAAAUUAUGGCCCGAGGCAAUUAUCGUGCGUGGCGACACAGCGAAUAGGUGACGGGAUGUGUGUAUGAAAUGAAGCAGAUAUAAAAAUGAAUGAAAUAAUAUCAAAUUUCAAGCUGCCUGUGUUUUAUCGUAGUCAUGUAUACAAGUGACGGCAGGGUACAGAAGAGAGUGAGCGAAAAAAUAGUGAAACAAUGAGCACCAAGAUUGCUAGCAAGAUGAAGAAAAGUGAAAAUGCAUUAAAUGGAAUUCACAAGUUUAAUCGUGUCUACGGGCAAAAUCUGUACAGCUAGCUAAAGUUUCUGGCGUAAAUAGUGAAUCCCCUUCUCCUCUCUCUGUGUUUUGCGAGUUCAAAUCUUCCCCCACCACACUGUCUCGCGCGUAUUCACACCGAUCGUAUCGCUGCAGCCUGCAAGGUGUAAUAUCAUCAAAAAUUCGUUUCCAUCAUUCUGAGAAGUCUAUAUUUUGUAAUAACGAAAAGCAGUCACAGAAAGCCAAAGGGAAGGAAAGUGGAAGUAUAGAAAAAACAAAAAGGAGAAACACAAUUCCAUCACACAAACACACAUCUAUAAAUCUGUACAUCUAUAUAUAUAGCAACGUAUAAACAUGUAUUCAACUGCUGCCAUAUUUGGAUAUAAAACAUCGUGCAUCUCGCUCACACUAGUAUUGAUUUCCAGUUUGAUACAGAUCUGCCGAGGUGCCGACCUUGUGAUAGAAAUUCCCGGCAAUCUCGGCCUGGAUGGCUCGUACUAUCGUCUCGACUACUUUCCCCCGGUUGGUAAUCCAGCACCGAACGCGACGAUUGCGUCGCGGGACGUCGGCGAUGAGAUUCAGUUCUCCAACGGACUACCCGGAACGAGGUACAACUUUUGGCUGUACUACACCAACUCGACCCACCAUGAUUGGCUCACGUGGACGGUGGCGAUAACGACAGCGCCCGAUCCGCCGGCCAACCUCUCGGUUGCUAUACGGUCCGGCAAAAAUGCCAUCAUUAGCUGGAGUCCACCGUCACAGGGCAACUACUCCACCUACAAGCUGAAAGUCCUCGGCUUAUCGGACAACUUUUCUACGAAUCAGACCAUCACCGUUGAGGACAAUCAAUUUCAACAUGUGCUCAGAGAUCUUACGCCGGGUGCGACCUAUCAGGUGCAAGCGUACACUAUUUUUGACGGCAAGGAGUCGGUGGCAUACACUAGCCGCAACUUCACGACAAAACGCUAUCGGCAUAAAGAUCUGUUGGACAUAAAGAUUCUGCGAGAACCCAACACGCCGGGAAAAUUCAUCGUGUGGUUCCGCAAUGAAACCACUCUGCUGGUACUGUGGCAGCCGCCGUACCCCGCAGGAAUCUACACACACUACAAGGUAUCCAUCGAGCCACCGGAUGCGCUGGGCAGUGUGUUGUACGUUCAAAAAGAAGGUGAACCCCCCGGACCGGCCCAGGCGGCCUUCAAAGGACUUGUACCUGGUAGGGCCUAUAAUAUUUCGGUACAGACAAUGUCCGAAGAUGAGAUUUCUCUGCCGACAACGGCCCAAUACAGAACGGUUCCUCUAAGGCCACUCAAUGUUACUUUCGACAAAAAAACAAUCACGGAAAAUGCAUUCAAAGUGAUGUGGGAAGCCCCAAAGGGUAUUAGCGAAUUCGACAAGUAUCAAGUGUCCGUGGCAGCCGCACGGCGCCAGGUGCAAGUGAUGCGAAAUGACAAUGAAAAUAUGGCUUGGCUAGAGUUCAAAGACAGCCUCGAACCUGGUAAAACGUAUCAGGUGGUUGUGAAAACCUUAUCCGGCAAAGUGACAUCUUGGCCCGCAACGGGUGAAGUCACACUCAAACCACUGCCGGUGAAAAAUCUCUACUCCUACACGGAUAGCAAAACGGGAAUAAUAACAAUUUCAUGGAGUCCAGAUGAGGCCAGCACACAGGAUGAAUACAAAAUCAGUUAUCAUGAGUUGGGAUCCAUCAACGGAGACUCCAGCACGAUGAACACAGACAAGACGACCUUCGCGUUGGAAUCGUUACUGCCAGGCCGAAACUAUUCCGUCACCGUGCAGUCCAUUUCCAAAAAGAUGGACUCCAAUGAAACGACAAUCUAUGUAGUGACCCGACCUUCGUCUCCAAUCAUCGAGGAUUUGAAAUCGAUCCGCGAAGGUUUGAAUAUCAGUUGGAAGAGCGAUGUGAACUCACGCCAGGAAAAGUACGAGGUCACCUAUACUCGCAACGAUACCAACGACGGCAAAACAGUACUUACCACCGAAUCUAGGCUAGUGUUUACCAACCUCUACCCGGGAGCUGGCUACGAAGUGAAAGUGUUCGCCGUGAGCCACGGGCUCAGAAGCGAACCGCAUUCCUACUUCCAGGCAGUUUAUCCCAACCCACCGCGCAACAUGACAAUCGAAAAAGUCACCAGCAACUCUGUCCUCGUACACUGGAAACCUCCAGAACGAUCCGAGUUCACAGAAUACUCCAUCAGAUAUCGCACCGAGAGCGAAAAGCAAUGGAUCAAACUCCCAUCGGUGAAAGCCACCGAAGCGGACGUAACGGAUAUGACUCCUGGCGAAAAGUACACCAUCCAGGUGAAUACAGUAAGCUACGGAGUGGAAAGCCCAAAUCCUCAACAGGUAAAUCAAACCGUACGACCGAAUCCAGUGUCCAACAUUGCACCGCUAGUUGAUUCCAAUAAUAUCACACUCGAAUGGCCCCGACCGGAAGGUCGCGUGGAAACGUACAUCAUUCACUGGUGGCCAGCCGAGUUUCCGGAUCAAGUCUCCGACAAAAAUGUAUCCGAAGUUAAUACAAUUUACCCUUACCCAGGAAGUUUGGGUGAUGAUGACAAACUGACUGAAGAAACACCGACUGUUCGUAUCCUCAUAGGAGAUUUGAUGUCCGGUGUUAUGUAUAGUUUUAAAAUUCAAACUGUAUCGUACGAUUUAACGAGCGAUGUUACCAAGUUACAAACACGCACAAUGCCGCUAAUUCAAUCCGAAGUAUUGAUCGUUAAUAACGUACAAAUGCGGGACACCGUUACGCUAAGCUACACGCCAACACCACAGCAGUCAUCCAAGUUUGACCUGUACCGAUUCUCGCUGGGAGAUAUUAGUAUUCCAGAUAAGGAGAAACUGGCCAACGAUACCGACCGCAAAGUCACUUUCACUGGUCUCAUACCAGGUCGACUGUACAAUAUCACCGUUUGGACUGUGAGUGGUGGCGUGGCAAGUCAGCCGAUCCAACGGCAAGAUCGUAUGUAUCCAGAUCCAAUCACAGAACUGAACGCCAGUAACCUAACCGAUACGGAUAUCAUGCUGAACUGGGACAUUCCGAAGGGCGAAUACAAUGCGUUUGAAAUUCAGUACCUCAAAAACGAUUCGCACUACGUGCAGAAUCUCACCGUGAACAAUCACAUCACAAUCACCGAUCUAAAACCACAUCGAAAUUAUACAUUUACCGUAGUGGUUCGUUCUGGCACCGAAUCAAGCGUACUGCGUAGUAGUCUUCCAGUAUCGGCUAACUUCCAAACCAAGGAAUCGGUUCCGGGACGCGUAGACAAAUUCGCACCCAUCGAUAUACAACCUAGCGAAAUUACGUUCGAGUGGUCUCUUCCAUCGAACGAGCAGAAUGGAGUCAUUAGACAGUUUACCAUUACUUACGGACUCGAUGGAUCGCAACAUACCCAAGCUAAAGACUUCAAGCCUACGGAACUUCGCGGUACGAUCAAAACGUUACUGCCUGGCAAAACAUAUAUUUUCCGCAUCCAAGCAAGAACUGCUAUCGGAUAUGGGCCAGAGCAGAUGUGGAAACAGAAGAUGCCGAUUUUGGCUCCGCCGAAACCAGAAACGCAGGUCGUUCCAACCGAGGUCGGCAGCAGUGCUACGACCAUCGAGAUCCGCUUCCGUAAGCACUACUUUAGCGACCAGAACGGUGUCGUUACCACCUACACUAUCAUCAUCGCCGAGGAUGACAGUAAGAAUGCUUCCGGCUUGGAGAUGCCCAGCUGGUACGAUGUGCAAUCGUACAGCGUUUGGCCACCAUAUCAGGUCAUCGAACCGUACUACCCAUUUAAGAACAGUUCGGUGGAGGACUUUACCAUCGGAACGGAAAAUUGUGAUACCCGCAAAUCGGGAUACUGCAAUGGGCCAUUGAAGUCGGGCACAACCUACAAAGUGAAGGUUAGGGCCUUCACGGCGCCGGACAAGUUUACCGAUACGGCUUACAGCUACUCCAUUAGAACAGCAGGAUUGCUAUCAGUUGACGCACAAGACAAUACAUCACUGAUCGUUUCGAUAACGGUUCCAUUGUUCAUCAUAUUCCUGCUCGUCGGGACCAUCCUGUUUCUACGCCGGCGACGCCAUUCGGGUCGCAAGAAAACCACCGAGCAACGUGCAAACGACAAUAUGUCUCUACCAGAUAGCACCAUUGAAACAAGCCGUCCAGUACUUGUGAAGAAUUUCGCCGAACAUUAUCGCAUGAUGUCGGCUGAUUCUGAUUUUAGAUUUAGCGAAGAAUUUGAAGAACUGAAACAUGUGGGCCGGGACCAACCAUGUACAUUCGCGGACCUCCCAUGCAAUAGACCUAAGAAUCGAUUCACCAACAUUUUACCAUACGACCACUCUAGAUUUAAACUGCAACCGGUCGACGAUGAAGAGGGAUCAGAUUACAUCAAUGCUAAUUACGUUCCGGGUCAUAAUUCACCGCGAGAGUUCAUCGUAACGCAAGGACCGCUACACUCAACGCGGGACGACUUCUGGCGGAUGUGCUGGGAGAGUAAUUCACGUGCGAUCGUCAUGCUGACACGCACGUUCGAGAAAGGCCGUGAAAAGUGUGAUCACUACUGGCCACAUGAUACCGUACCAGUGUACUAUGGUGACAUCAAAGUUACGCUGCUCAACGACAGUCACUACCCGGACUGGGUCAUCACGGAGUUUAUGAUGACGCGGGGUGACCAGCAACGUAUCAUCCGCCAUUUCCACUUUACAACGUGGCCCGAUUUCGGUGUGCCAAAUCCUCCUCAAACGCUUGCCCGCUUUGUGCGCGCUUUCCGCGAACGAGUUGGACCCGAUCAACGUCCGAUCGCAGUGCACUGCAGUGCUGGGGUCGGUCGUUCCGGUACGUUCAUUACACUCGACAGAAUACUACAACAAAUUCAGGUAUCGGACUAUGUCGAUAUCUUCGGUAUUGUCUGGGCAAUGCGAAAAGAACGUGUCUGGAUGGUCCAAACGGAACAACAAUAUAUCUGUAUCCAUCAAUGUUUGCUGGUGGUAUUAGAGGGUAAGGAAGGUACCGAGCGUGAAAUUCACGACAACCAAGGUUACGAAGAACCGGGUGAACAAGACGCUUCAGAAGAAAGGCAACUAAUUGAGCCUGAGGGAGGGGACAUCAACGAAGGCGAACCAAGUGACGUCAAAGUCAGUGACCCAGAGGACAACGAACUGGUUGAAGACGCACAGGGAGAAGAAGAGCAGAGCAAUAAUCUUAAUAACAGUAUGACUGACGAUGCCAAAGCUAACGCAAAUCAUUGCCAAGAAACAGAAGUGAUAUCCGUUGAAGUACAAGCAACCAAUAGACGUAAUAGUAAUGAACAUCUACAGGCAGCUGAAGACAUAGCCGAUAAGAGUAACAGCAAUGACACUAGUCAGGACGGCAGUGGCCAGCUGAUCGAGUCUGUCGAAAGCAAACCGGAAGGUAUUAACAAUGACCAGCAGUCAGUUGGUAGCAAACUUUGGAAGGAAGAAAGAUGACAGUUGGAGAACGAUAGCGACAACAGAAGCAGCGGUAGAAGUAGCAUCGUUAUCGCUAUCAACGACGACAGUCACGGAAACAGUGCUCACAUAAUCAUUCGCGUCGAAGGCGAUGACAUGGAUGACAGGAAAGACGACGAAACAGAGAUCGACGUUGGAAUCGACUCUGAUGAAGAAGACGAGGAUGAUUCCAAUGAUCAGCGGGAACUAUUACUGCAAAAAAAGAAUGAGAAAAAUAAUCUCAACACAGACGGAGGCGGUGAACGGAUUCGCUAUAAGCAUCACUUCGUAGAGGAUGAGGAAGAUGAGCAGGAUGAUGACAUCAUCGUUAUCGUAGACGAGGAUAAUAAUCUCUGUGGUGGUGGUGUUAGUGACGAGCUCUAUUUAAAGCUUAGAGAAAUGGAUGACGAAGGAAUCGCUGAGUCAGGAAUGUAGACAACAUGGGAACAAAAUCCAUCAUCACCACGCGAUUUGAGACAUGAUCUUUAUUCUCAAACCGCGCAGUCUUAACACAUAAAAACAACUCUCGUCAUUAGGAAAAUCGGUCUUAGACAAAAAAAUAAACAAAAUCCAAUUUCAACAACACAGCUCCAUAAUAAUCACGAAAAAUUGUAAAUAUCGGAAAACUUUCGGCAUCUUCUUAGAAAGAAAAAAAAACAAUGUUAUAUCAGUGUACUGCUGCGUAUUCCACCUUUUAAAUGUCAGUAAACAAUAUUGAACGUGCAUGUGCUAUAAUGUGAUCGAGAAUUAUUUUCUUGACCCCAUUGGACGGAGAAUCAAACCAGAAAGUAAAACGAAACGCAGAAAUUUUUACCGUAUUUAUGCAUGUGCAAUGGACGCUGAAUCCAAUUUUUUAAAUUCUUUUUUGUUGUACAUAAUGUAAGUUGUAUCAUUGCAAUUUUAGUUACACGAUAUUUUAAAAACUUACAAUAAAAAGAGAAAAGUAUCAUAUCAAUCGA